AUGGUGAAGUUAAAUGGCACCAACUAUCUACUUUGGUCACAAGCCUUCCACAUCUUCAUUGGUGCUCAGAACAAAUUGGAUCAUCUUCUGGCCCCACCUCCUGCAUCUACAGAUCCUACGUAUCCCGCAUGGAUCUCUGCUAACUGUUGCGUGAUGACUUGGCUCCUUAACAGCAUGGAAGCCCAGAUCAGUAGCAAUGUCAUAUUCUCAAACACUGCUAAGGAGAUGUGGGAUAAUUUAAAAAUUAUGUACGGGAAUGAGAAAAAUACAUUCCGUGUGUUCGAGUUGUAUGAACACCUUUUUUCUCUUCAACAGGGCGAUCGCUCUGUACCUGAGUACUUUGGUAAACUGAAAAGUCUGAUCGAUGAGUUAGAGAUACAUCAGCCUGCGGUUACGGAUGCACCAACACUAUUGGGAUAUCGUAGGGACCUUGUAGUGUAUAAGUUCUUAUCGGGUCUGAGUCUUACUUUACAGUCUCAAGUGCGAGGCCAGAUACUAGGAAGAGAUACUAUUCCUUCUUUGACUGCUACUUUCUCAAUAGUUAUGCAGGUAACUACUGGAGAUACUGCUGCCUCACUGUCUACUCCAUCUCUUGACUUGUCUGCUAUGUUCUCCGGACAUGGCAGAGGUCGAGGUAUAGAUGCCUACAUUACCUCUCCUCACAGACCACGUGUAUUAGAUUCUGGCGCCUCUUCUCAUAUGACAGAUGAUUCAUCUCCAAUUGUCAAUCCAUCUGUUCCUUUUCCCUCUAGUGGUUCUAUUACUGUUCCAUUGUCUGCUUCCGUUCCUUCUGCUGAUGGAUCUUCUCCAGGAUUACGUGGUGCCUCUACUGUGCCACCUGCACCACCGCCACUACUGAUGUAUUAUCGCCGUCCAAAGAAAGGUCAACGGUCUUGUACUAAUCAUCCUAUAUCUGAUUUUGUUUCCUAUAACCGUCUUACUCCCUCUUCUCGUCAGUUUGCUUUGUCCUUGUCCUCUAUAUCUCUACCCAAGUCAUAUGAGGAGGCCAUGUUAGUUCCUGCUUGGAAACAAGCCAUGGAUAAGGAGAUGGAUGCACUUAUUUCUAGAGGGACAUGGGAUCUUGUAUAUUUUCCUACGGGUGCUAUAGUGGUUGGCUGUCGGUGGGUUCAUACCUCGAAAUAUCACGCAGAUGGUUCAGUUGAUCGCUAUAAAGCUCGUCUUGUUGCUAAGGGUUAUACUCAAAUCUAUGGGGUCAACUAUCUUGAGACAUUCUCUCCCGUUGCCUGUCUCAAUUCUAUUCGCCUACUUUUCUCUAAGGCCGCUAUUCUGGACUGUACCAUGUUUCAGUUGGAUGUUAAAAAUGUCUUCAUGUACGGUGACUUGCAUGAGGAAGUCUAUAUGGAGCAACCUCUGGGGUAUGUUGCUCAGGGGGAGAAUAAUGUCUGUAUGCUUAAAAAGGCGAUAUAUGGUCUCAAACAGAGUCCACAGACAUGCGCCCCAAGNCACCACCUGCAGUCCACGGGCGAUCCCCGGGAGUAUGAUCGGGUCAUCGGCUGCAUCAACCAUCGCAGGGCUAAUUGGGGUCCGGUGCUACAUUACCAGCAAUUUUUCCCAAUUGGGGAAGUUGUGUAUGCAUUGGAGCAGACUAAGUGGAGGGGGAUGCAACAGAGAUCAAAGGAUGGGCAGAGAUCGGGGUAUAAGCACAUGAAUAGGUUUGAUAGUUUUAGGGAGAGGGGGAGGUAUAGAUCGGGAAAUAGGAAAGCGGGCGAGGAGCAAGUACCGGAUGGAAGGCAGUCCCCUGUUGUUGGGGAGAAAGAGGGGGGUAGUGAUCUUCUCAGUUCAGAGACAGAUAGCAGCCUUAAGGACACAAAAAUUUCAACUGAUUGCAGUAGGUCGGAGUCUGCAGCUGUGGAAACUUGCUCUAACCCAUGUACGAGAGGUAGCAGCACAGAUUCACUUCCACAAGGCGGUGAAGAAAUUCAAAAUCAAGAUGCAACACAGAAACUUAUACCGACACCCAAAGGAUUCGUUGAGAAUGAGAUAAUUGACGGGAAGGAAAUGAAUAUGUUUGAAGGACUUCAACUUUUUGAGGAGUUGUUUGAUAGUUCAGAGAUUACGAGGCUAAAUUCGUUAGCAAAUAACUUGAGAGCCGCUGGUCAUAAAAGAGAGUUCCGUGGGCGUACCUUUGUUGUAUCCAAGAGGCCUAUGAAAGGGCAUGGGAGAGAAAUGAUCCAAUUAGGCAUCCCCAUUGCUGAAGGACCUGCACUAGAUGAAACUACAACUGGGAACUCUUCUGAGCGGAAGGCGGAGGCUAUUCCAAGCUUGUUGCAGGAUGCCCUUGAUCUAUUGAUCCAGAAUCAGGUUUUGACUAUUAAGCCUGAUUAUUGUAUUAUCGAUUUUUUCAAUGAGGGUGACCAUUCACAGCCUCAUCUUUGGCCAUCGUGGUAUGGGACACCUGUUUGCACUCUAUUUUUGACGGCAUGUGACAUGGUUUUUGGUCGAAUUAUUGAAGGAGAUCAUAGAGGAAAUUAUAGAAGUCCCCUCAAGCUUGCCAUUAAAUCUGGGAGUCUCCUUUUAAUGCAACAAAAGACUGCUCACCAAGUGAAGCGUGCCAUCCCCUCCCAACAAGAACGGCGUGUACUUCUGACCUUUGGGAAGUCCCAAUCCAAGAAGUUCGGCCAUCCUGAAUAUCCUCGAUUCUCAUCUCCAGGUCCUGCACCCUGGGGCCCACCAUCGCUUGGACCACCAAACCUUGCUCAUGGGCCACAAGGAUUGAAGCAAUAUGUAGUCAUCUCAAACUCUGGAAUGCUUCCGUCACCCAAUGGAAUCCAGCCACUUCUCGUUGCACCCAGCUCCGGACCAGUGCCAAUGCCCGUGCCCCUGCCGUCAGCUUCAGCUGGAUGGACAUCGGGACCAUGUCCUAAAGGUCAACCUCCAAGACUCCCAGUUCCUGGCACUGGGGUUUUUCUUCCACAUCAACAACCCGAAUCUAAUGGGAUAGAGAAAUCAAAUGGUUAUCUUAUAGCUCCUCUAACAACCAAAACUGAAGCAACUGAGUCUGUUUCAGUCUGCAAUGGUGAAAGCAAAGGUGAUGUGGACAAUGUUGCUGCUGAGAAAGCAGCCAACAUCAGAGAAACAGCUGAAGAAACCAAGUAGUAGAAACUGAGAGAGCGUAUAGAGACCUGAGAAUCUGGGAUUUUGAAGAGAAAGAGGGCUACAAGAGGAGCAACUGUAAAGCAGCCUGGAGGCUGAUAGACCACUUAUUUCCUAUUUUUAUCUAAUUUUUGUUGUUCAUGUUUGGAGAAAUGUUAGCUGCUGAAAAGUUUAGCAGGUACUGAGAAGUCUGCUUAAUUUUUUUUGUCCAUUUUUGCCAUAGUGGACCUUAAAUUGUGGACCGUAUGUAGUUUAAAGGUCAGUGGACAUUAAGGUUACAGUGUCAAGAAAACGACAGAAAUGCUGAGAUUUCUACGUCUCUGAAGACAAAGGGCAGGGUUAUUUCGUAGGCACAGACCUUGUACGUCUGGUUUCUUUCCUGUGUUGAUUAUUAUGAUCUGAUCUGCCAGAACUGUACUCAGGAUUUUUUGUUGCGUUUUGCGGAGUUUAAAUUGAAACCUGGUCAAAUUUUUAUCGGAUAUUAAGUUUUCUCGUCA